CUGCUUAGUCUCUUCUUCUUUGGCUCUUGCUAUCUCUGUUUCAACAUUUUUCACAACUUGUGAUAAUUAACAAAUAUCAUUAUGAGUUCGAUGUCAUCUCAACACGGUUCUUCAGGAUCAUGGACCGAUAAACAAAACAAGGCGUUUGAGAAGGCAUUGGCUGUGUAUGACAAGGAAACUCGCGAUCGUUGGUCCAAUGUUGCUAAAGCAGUUGGAGGCAAGACUGCUGAAGAAGUGAAACGACACUAUGAAAUCCUUUUAAGGGAUAUUUUUUUUAUUGACCAUGGUAUGGUGCCCUUCCCCAAAUACAAAACUACUGGAGGAACCACCUCUGACUAACAUUAUUCUUACUAAAGGAUGCAAAACCUAACACUUCAUUGAAGUAACAAACGUCAAUAAGCAGACAGGAAAAGUGCAAAUAAUUGGCCUUGGAACCUGCCUUUUUAAAUAUUUAAUUCAAGUUGUAUAUUUAAUUUCUCUGUCCAAUUAAAUUUUAAACGCUGAGUCUAUAUUAAUUACCUACGGAAGGAAUCAUUUGAAUUCUGUCUGCUCUUGUACUCGUCAUGUCUCCUCUAAUAUUAAUAAUUAGUUAUAUUGUUCCUUAAAA